AUGUUCAUUAGCGGCGAUAAUUACUUAAAUCUCUUCUUGCUGACCUUCCUCAACGACCUUUACGCCUUUGUUCUUGAGGUCUCGCGUAAAACGCGGCAGGUGCCGUACGCGCACUACACUCCCCGAAUCGGGGAAGGGAAAAUGACGAAUGCGGGAAUGCGUAAAAAUGUCACAGUACUGGGAGGCCAAUGUAAAAAAAAGCAGCGCGACUCAGGCGGGGUGGAAAAAAAGCCAAGCUUCGUGGAACCGGUGGCGUGCACG